CGACAACCAAGGCUGAAUGAAGUGCCGUCUGAUCGAGAAGUCAACACCAACGUGAUCAUCAAAACGCCGCGUCGUCUGCCCACAACAUCACAACAUCACAACCUUACACUCGCACCCAGCACGUGCAUCCGUCAGUGGGAGAAAGAGGGAGGAAGAAAACAGAAAGGACUCGCGCAAUUCUUUCGACCGGGUUGAUCACUCGUUGGCUUGCCUACUCUUCCUUCGACCCAUCGCAAAAAUGUCGAAGCCGCCCUCCAGAGUCGUUUUCGUGGGCAAUAUCCCGUAUGGCCUUUCCGAGGAGCAGAUCAGCGACAUCUUCAGCAGCGCAGGCAAGGUCCUGAACUUCCGCCUCGUCUAUGACCGCGAGACCGGGCGGCCAAAAGGCUUUGGCUUCGCAGAGUACCCCGACAAUGAUUCAGCGGCAUCCGCGGUUCGCAACCUCAACGACUAUGAGAUCAUGGGUAGGAAACUGAGAGUCGACUUUUCCAACGAAGGAGGUAGCGAUGGUAACGACGACAAUCACGGACAUCAGCAGGGCCGAGACGGCGGCAAUACCUCCUCCUACGCCUCGAACGGUUAUAACCCGACCGCGCCCCCAACGCAACCGAGCACGCUUCCUCCCCUACCAGCCGGCAAGGAACUCCCUCCCAAUGUGACGGCAACCGAUGCAAUUUCCCGCACGCUUAACACGCUGCCCCCCUCCCAGCUCCUGGACAUUCUCACACAGAUGAAGGCGCUGGCCUCCUCCGACCCCGCCAGGGCUACGGAGCUCCUCCAGCAGGCGCCGCAACUGGCCUACGCGGUCUUCCAGGCCCUCCUAUUGAUGGGUCUCGUGUCUCCGGAGGCGAUCCACUCCGUCAUCGAAGCCGGCGGCGCGCCCUCCGCGACCCCGGUCCAGGCUCCGCCGAUCGGUUAUCCGCUCCAGCCCCCAGCCCCGGGCUUUCCUCCCGUGCCCGUGCCGGGUGCUAACAACACCCCGCCCGUCUCCGGCACCCCCUAUGCGCCACCCCCACAGCAGGUCUCGUACGGUGCGCCGCCCCCGCCGGCCGCCGGGGCUUUGGGCCAGGAUCCGGACGCGCUCAUGCGGCAGGUUAUGGAGCUGCCAAUGGAGACGAUCAAUAUGCUCCCCGAGGCCGAGAGGCAGCAGAUUCUAGCACUUCGUGCAAGCUUUGGUGGACAGAGACGAUGAGUUCGGAAAUUGUCCACCCCGCCGCGCAUGAGCAAGCUCGGCAUGUGAAAGUGACGUAGCAUAAGCUCGUCCAGGUUGGUCAUUUUCUUUUUGGGCAGAAAAAACACGGCACUCACUAUUCGACGACGAAGUUAUUGGUGUCCCAAGCAAGUUCGGCAACUCUCACGCCGGAGCAUAUGACCACCAAGUCACCGAUUUCACUCGCUGAAGUCCCUCGUGACAAAGCUGUUGUACCUUGCAGAUGGUAUGGCCCUGUGGCCAGAGGCGGCCAACACGAAGCUAUUCUUGGAAAAUAGAGAUAUGCUCAGAGGGGCACAUACAGGGGCCCAACGAGAAAAAGGGCCUACUCAUCCCAUCGGCUUGUAGUUGGCCCUCCAACCACUCUUUAACACCUUGCCUCGCCACCAACGAUAGCGACAACUUCACGGCAAACCUUGCGUCUAAGCCUCGGCAAAAGGAAUAAGCGUAUGCGCGGGCGUGUGGGGAGGUCGGAAAGGUGGCGUCGGGUUGACGACGAUGGCGUGUAUACGUGCGCUGCGCCACCCCUCGGCCGCAUAAGCGAGGAUAAUUGAUGGGCCUGCGGGACAGGGCGGGCUGAAGCGGAUUUUCGAUGGUAGUAAAAGCGUAGUAUGCAUACGAGCCAGAUCACGAGCACCAGCGGCCUUGUCUAAAUAUAUCACGAUUGUAGUCGAGAAGCCUUUCUAGGAUCAUUGUCCAGCUGCCGAGGAGUCCCAACGCGGCCAAACCGUCGCUGCGCUGCUUGGGGCGAAGUUAAUGCUGAUCCUAGAAUGUUGAUACCUCGCUGCCAUUGAGUGAGUGUACUAU